AUGUGGUGGGAGAUUCUUCCGUCUGCUGGAAUUGUUUUUACGGCUCUACUUGUGCCACACUUGAGCUAUAUUGCAUUGAAUAAGAUCUUCCAUAAUGGAAAGAACGUUGCCAGGAACCCAUAUGCACCAGAGUUCUUUAACAGUGACAAAGUAGUGUACAUCAGAGAUGAAAGAAUCACAGGCAGUCGCUACAUACCCCAGGGUCUUGAAGCAAUUCCAGAUGAGCCCUGCCACUAA